GGAGGAAGGGGUGCCCUAUAGUGGGGAAUGCCUGGAGGAGGGGUGCAGUACAGCUCCAAACAGCCCUGUCCCACCAUCCUUCAUUCAGUCCACUCAUCCAUUUGUUGUCAGUCCACCUGCUUCAGCCUGGCUGCCCUAGGAAUUUAGGUCCUACUCCUAGGACUAAGGAGCCCUGGGUUCGCUUUGGACAGACUAAAUUUCACUUGGGAGAAGGAAGUGCUGUCACCUGGGUUCCCUCGGGGGUCACAUUAUUUACAGAUCUCAGCGGGCUGGAGAAACACUGACAGACCAACAGAGAUGCUACAAGCCUCAGGCAGAGGCACACAUGAAGUCCUUGCUGGAUUAGGAGUAUGUGUCAAUCCCAGUGAGGACCUAUGGGAAUUUCCUGAGCAGGAAAGAAACUGACAUAGCCGCCGGGCCCAGAGACCCCCAGACUCAUCAUCCUCCCUGCCAUAGACAUCAUCAUUAGCCAAGCAUAGAACUGGAGUUGGCUCCAGAUGCACACAGGAAGGCUCAGACAGGCUCAGAGCUCAGACUGUCUUUACCCUGAGAGCAAGGGAGGAGGUGUUGAAGGGUUGGGAGUGUGUGACCAGAUUUAAGUUUUAGAAAAAUCCUCUGGCUGCUGUGUGGAAAAGACAUGGAGGGGGCAAAAACAGAGACACAGAAAGAGUUGUUACAGUCCUCUAGAGAAGGGGGCUAGUGGAGGUGAGAGAAGGGCCAGGUUCCAGUGCUUUCUAGGGGAGGCAGGGGGAACAGGACUUCAUGAUGGAUUGGAUGGGACUGGGAGGUGGCCAUGCUGAUGCCCUGGGUUCGAACUGGAGCAAAUAGGAAGAGAUGGGUACCACACACACACACACACACAAAAGAUAUACGUCCAUACACAUACAAACACAUGGCCACACAAUCUCACAGGCCAAGAGAAAUAGAGACACAGAAACCCUCACAGGCUGAGCAACACAGAUAGGCCAUGACACAUGCAUACAAAUGUGCUUGCAGACAUACUGAGAAAAGAAAACACACAGGCUAAGAAAAAAUGUGGACACACUCACCCACAAACACAGACCGGGACCAACGCUAGGCAUGACAGGAACCUACAUAUGUAUGUACCUCCAUGGGAACCUCAAAGACAUACUCACACCUGCCCACCCAGAAAGCACAGAGCUGAGACAUGACAGAAGGAGCAACACGGAUACACACAGAAACACAGCAGAGAAGCUGUGGCAUCCUUGCUGGCUCGGUGACCCUGGGCAGUAUGUCACCUCUCCGCAUCUCAGUUUUCUCAUCUGCCGAAAUGGGUCAUGAUGGUUCCUACCUCACGGGUUGUGGAAAGGAUGAAACAAGUUACCUCGCCUAAAGCACAGGAAGAGAGCAGUGCCUGGCACACAGCUGUCUUAGAGCAGUGUCUGCUCUUCCAUGCAGACACAGUCAGGGAUCGAGCCACAGUCACUUACCCCUCGCCUGCAUCUGCCCCCAGGCCUCUCCCCCUUCAGAAGGCCUUGCCCCUCCCAGGCCUCAUACCUGGCCCUUCCUUGAUCUUCCCCCCACUUACUUCCCUACCACCCUUUUCUCUUCCUGCUCAGUCCCCAGGGAUCAAAAUCCAGGCCGGGUCCAGUUGUCCUGUGACCAUUUAGGGCAAAAGGCUAGUGCCCAGGCAGCAGGACCCUCACCCUUCCCUCUGCCCCAGUCCUCACCCAAGGCCCUGAUGGCCUGCCCCUGCCCCAGUGCUCUCUGCCUCAGAUUCUUGGCAAACCUCUAUCAAACUCAGCAUCCCACCCUCCCUGUUCCAUCCGGCCCAGCCCCCAGGGAGCCGCCUGGAACAAGGCAAAGGGCAGCGCCUGGGAUCCAGCCUCUUCCUCACUGCUUUGUGCAGGUUACUUCUUCUGUCCAGGUCUCCUGUGCCCUCAUGUUCGAUAAGGAGCCCUACCCCACAGACAGGAAGUAAAUGACAGCUGCUUUAUAAAAUGGGAAACCGCAGCCAUGCAAUAAAUACCACGCUAGCCCUGUGCCGGGCAUGCGCAAGGGCUGGGGGUACGGCAGUGAACAAAACAAAGUCCCUGCCCACAGGGAGCCUGUAAUCUAUUGUCAGACACAGAAAGCAAACAGCACAAGCAGUAAAUUGUACAGUAUGUUAGAUGGAAAACUGACCCGAUACACAUCUCAGUGAGGCUGAGUGAGAACCACAAAGCAAACCACGAGCAGAAAUGCCGCCGUGGGGUCCUGCUUACCAAGAUCAUUUCCGGCCCUCAGCAGGCAGGAUGGCCAAGCGCAGUUUCCGGAUGAGGAGACCAAGCUCAUCUAGGAUCACCUGGCCAGUGGCUUAGGCCAGUGUUCUGUUGUCACAGCCACCAAGCUCAGAGCUGCCUCCAGAGGCCUCUGUCUGUCCAUCCGUUUGUGCGUCCUGGGGAGGGGUGGGCCCGUCCCAAACUCCCAUCCAGGCCCUCCUGCCCCCACUCUUACUCUUCCCUUUCCUUCUUCAAAUAUUUGCUGAGCACCUGCUACAUGCUAGGCCCCAUGAUGGCCCCUGGGGCCAUCCCAUGCCCCCAUGGGCACGAUAUCCCAGGCAGAGUGACAGGGGAGGAGUCACCUACAGCCAAGCACAUGACACCGAGGCCUCUCAUUUGCACAGGCCUCUUCCAAGGGCCUGUACCUAAUAUCAUACUUGUGGUUUUCUAUUCUUUUUCCUAAAGAGCCCCACCUCCACUUGUAAAAGUGUCAGAGCUCCAUGAAGCCUGGUUUUGCCCCUGGGGGACACAAACAACACACAUGGAAACAAAUAAAUGGAAAACUGCAAAUAUAUAAAAUUCUAGGAAGAACAACUUAAAGAUGAUGGCAGAAAGCAGUGGUAGGGGGUGCAUCUUAGAUGGGGGGAGCCCUCCUGGAGGAGGUGAGAAGCUGAGUCCUGAGGGUGAGAAAGAGCUGGCCAGGCAAGGAGCACGUGGCAUAACGGAGGUGAAGUGCGUCUGAGCUUCAGUUUCCCGUGUGUGAGGUGGGAAUGACAGUCACAGCAGGAUGGGCCGGAAGGGUUAGUGGCAGGUACAGGGUGCCCAGUGUGGGAACACCACACAGCAGGACCUGCGGCUUGGGCCCCCUGGCUGAGCUUGGCACUGCCCUUAAUCGGCUGUUGUCCUCCUGGGAGGGACAGGCAAGGCUGGCUGCCCUCUCUCUGCCCACCAGCUGGGGCCAGCUGGGCCACGGCCAGUCUGGGGGCAGGAGCUGCGAUCAAUCAUGGUGCUUCUGCUCCCUGAAUCCACCCUGGGGAGAAGGAGGGCAGCCAGGCUGGGUGAGAGGGCAGACUUUGUUCAGGACCAGGGUGAGACUUCUGGGUCUAAGGGAGGAGGGGACAGGGGACCUGCACGCCUCAGUUUCUAACUGUUGAGGGGACUAGGGGUCUGGACUCCUGGGACUGAGGGAGGAGGGUCUUGGUGGCCCAAAUUCCAGGGUUCAAAGGCAGAGGAGGCUGGGCAAUGACUGGGAGUUGGGCCCCAGGCUCUGUUUACAGCACUGGGUUCUCACUGUCCUUUCUGGGUGGGAGGUGGAGCUGGUGGCCACACCCUGGGCAGGCUGGGCCCCUCCCCGGGAUUAUCAUCCCAGGCUGCAACUGGCACAAGCCGCAGUCAGCAGCAGUCCCAGCCCUGGGGAGCUCUGAAGAGGCCUGGGAGGGCCAGGGCCCUGGGGAGACAGCACGGCGGCUGUCAAGCGUCUUUGCAGGUGUUCGGGAACAGGCACUGGGGCUGGAGCCAACCUUGGGCCGCCUGCUGAGCGUGGCACACCUCUUUGACCUGGAUGCAGAGACGCCGGCCAACGGGUACCGCAGCCUGGUGCACACAGCCCGCUGCUGCCUGGUGCACCUGCUGCACAAAUCCCGCUACGUGGCCUCCAACCGCCGCAGCAUCUUCUUCCGUACCAGCCACAACCUGGCCGAACUCGAGGCCUACCUGACCGCUCUCACCCAGCUCCGUGCUCUGGCCUACUACGCUCAGCACCUGCUGGCCACCAACCAGCCCGGGAAGCUCUUCUUCGAGGGUGAUGAGAGGGUCAUUGCCGACUUCCUGCAUGAGUACAUCACUCUGCACAAGGGCUGCUUCUAUGGCCGCUGCCUGGGCUUCCAGUUCACGCCCGCCAUCCGGCCAUUCCUGCAGACCAUCUCCAUCGGGCUGGUGUCCUUCGGGGAGCACUACAAACGCAACGAGACGGGCCUGAGUGUGACAGCCAGCUCCCUCUUCACCGGUGGCCGCUUUGCCAUCGACCCAGAGCUGCGUGGGGCCGAGUUUGAGCGGAUCGUACAGAACCUGGACGUGCACUUCUGGAAAACCUUCUGGAAUAUCACAGAGAUCCAGGUGCUAUCGUCUCUAGCAAACAUGACAUCAGCUACCGUGAGGGUAAGCCGCCUGCUCAGCCUGCCACCCAUCACCUUUGAAAUGCCGCUGACUGCUGACCCCAAGGUCAUGGUCACCAUCUCACCCCCACUGGCCCACACAGGCCCCGGGCCUGUCCUCGUCAGGCUCAUCUCCUAUGACCUGCGUGAAGGACAGGACAGUGAGGAGCUCAGCAGCCUGGGGAGGUCCGAGGGCCCCAGAAGCCUGGAGCUGCGGUCCCGCCCCCAGCAGGCACCCCGUUCAAGGUGCCUGGUAGUGCACAUCCAUGGCGGCGGCUUCGUGGCCCAGACCUCCAAAUCCCAUGAGCCUUACCUCAAGAGCUGGGCCCAGGAGCUGGGCGCCCCCAUCCUCUCCAUCGACUACUCCCUGGCCCCCGAGGCCCCCUUCCCCCGGGCGCUGGAGGAGUGCUUCUACGCCUACUGCUGGGCCGUCAAGCACUGUGCCCUCCUUGGCUCAACAGGUGAGCGGAUAUGCCUCGCAGGAGACAGCGCAGGCGGGAAUCUCUGCUUCACCGUGUCCCUUCGGGCAGCGGCCUAUGGGGUGCGGGUGCCAGAUGGCAUCAUGGCAGCCUACCCGGCCACAAUGCUGCAGGCUACCGCCUCUCCUUCCCGCCUUCUGAGCCUCAUGGACCCCCUGCUGCCCCUCAGCAUGCUCUCCAAGUGUGUCAAUGCCUAUGCUGGUGGGGAGACCGAGGACCACUGUGACUCGGACCAGAAGGCGCUGGGCAUGGUGGGGCUGGUGCAGCGGGACACAGCCCUGCUCUUCCGAGACCUCCGCCUGGGUGCCUCCUCGUGGCUCAACUCCUUUCUGGAGCUGAGCGGGCAGAAGUCCCACCCGAACUCGGUGCCCAUAGCAGAGCCAAUGCGGUGCAGUGUGUCUGAAACAGCACUGGCCCAGCCUGAGAGCCCAAAGGGAACGGACUCCCUCAAGGGCCUGACGCUGCAUGACCUGAGCCUAAGGGGCAGCUCUGAGACACCGGACACCCCGGAGCUGUCACUGUCAGCGGAGGCACGUGGCCACUCCACACCCUCAGCCGUCAACUUCUUACUUCGGCCUGAGGAUGCAUCUGAAGAAUCUGAGGCCGGGGAUGAGCUGAGCACCAAGGAUAGAGUGUAUGCUGCCUUCCCUGAGGGUUUCCACCCCAGGCGCUCCAGCCACGAUGUCAAACGGGUGACCCUCUACUCGUCGCCCAUCCUCAAGAAUCCCUUCAUGUCACCGCUGCUGGCACCUGACAGCAUGCUGCAGACCCUGCCACCUGUGCACAUCGUGGCGUGCGCGCUGGACCCCAUUCUGGAUGACUCAGUCAUGUUCGCGCGGCGGCUACGCAGCCUGAGCCAGCCCGUGACGCUGCGCGUGGUGGAGGACCUGCCGCACGGCUUCCUGAGCCUGGCGGCGCUGUGCCAGGAGACGCGGCAGGCCGCGGCGCUGUGUGUGGAGCGCAUCCGCCUCGUCCUCAAUCCGCCGGCCCCGCUGGUCUGAGCCGUGGGACGGAGCCAGGCCACGCGGGGAGAGGGGGGCUGCCGGGGGCUACACUAAAGGCCUCUCGUACCCAUCUGCUCAGGGCUCCGCAGUGAAUGCGCCUCGGAAAGGGCGGCGGGGACCCCUGCCACGCCUCCCGGCCCAUCCGGCCCCUCCCUCGGGCCGGGCGGAAGGGGGCGGGCUGUGCCUUAAAUCGAGGGUGCGGCAAGGGGGGGGCGGGGCGAGGGCCCCCGAAAGCUAACACCCUGGCCUGCGGGAGGGGGACGCCCAGAAAGCAUCUCCGAGACAGCUGGACCUGCACUCCACCACUGCCUUCUGCUGCCGCGACCUCCGCAGGGGCGGAGCCUGACCCUACUUUGCAGGACGGUUUGCUUUGUUUGCUUUUUGUAAAUAAAAGUAUUUAAUUAGUUUG